UGUUAAGUAAAUACAAACCAUUUGUCCUUUUGCAACCAAAUCUUUAUAAGUAGAACCUCGUCUAUCCAUAGUUACUCAAAUGCUGACUUUGCUGCACCUAAAUCGGCUUUUAGGUGGCUAAAUAUACAAACAAACGUUUUCAAAGAAAUUCACCCAAAUCAGGUUUGUGUGACUGAGAAAGAAAUUUGUCAAAACCGAGCCAAAAAAGUCUUUGAAAAUUCGAUGCAAUUCUGUUAAUACAACAAAUUUUAUAUAAAACAAAGCAAACCAAAAAAACCCCAUAGCUUUAUUUGCUUGAUUUUAGUCUUUUUCCGCUUGACCUGUAAAAUGACUCAACGAUUUUGCCCCGUGACAAAAAUGUUGCACAUCCCGAUCUUAGGCCUUCAUAUAACAGCUGUAUUUAUGCUGAGAUUAAAACACACAGGUGGAAUUUAUUCACUAACGAGAGUAAAGGAUGGUGAGUUGAAAAACAGAACUGUAAUCGAAAAUGUAAAGAAAAAAAAAUAUCAGCAACAACUUGUGUUCUUGUUAUAAUUAUUUGCUUGUUAAGCAGAGAUAAAUGAACAGUUGCCACUGAGGACCUCUGUGAGUUCCAUCUCUGCAUCUCUCACUCUCCCGGAGAAACAAGCAACUCUCGCUCCGCCUUUAAAUCCACCAACUCCAGGAUCCGCGCGCAUCACGGAGAGGGAGACGGAUAGAGAGACCUUGAGAGACUGCGCCACUGAGCGCAGGAGAGAGAGGGACAGAGUUAACCGCUGCCAAAGCGGAUUACUGCGCGUCGCCUCUGUGAUUCUUUCUCUUUGUCUCCCGCUUGAGGGUUUCCCCCUCCUGCUCUCUCAAUCGUUUCUUCUUAGAGGAGAGAACCAUGGCUUUAUUAUUAAGUGCGUGUUGGCUCGGCGCAUCUUUGCAAUGAGUUUCUCCGCUGCUGCGCUUCCGUCACCGCGGCAACUUUUCCGUGCGCCACGGCGCCACUGAGGCGCUUCUCGGUGGGAAAGUUUUACAUGAAGCCCGCGGGGACCAUGGGCUCUCGGUGAAAGCUCCCACUUUCUCCCCUCUGCCUUUCAAGCCGCGCGGCAAAAAUGCAGAAGAGCGUCCGCUACAACGAAGGGCACGCACUGUUCCUGUCGGUGGUGGCGCGUAAAGAGGGCACCAAGCGCGGCUACCUGAGCAAGAAGACGGCGGAGAACAGCCGGUGGUCGGAGAAGUUCUUCGCCCUCUACCAGAAUGUACUGUUCUACUUCGAGAACGAGCAGAGCGCGCGACCAGCGGGGAUUUACCUGUUGGAGGGAUGCACCUGCGAGCGCACGCCUGCGCCAAAAAUAUCCACGACCGGGAAGGAGGCGCUGGAGAAACAG